GUGUUUUUGGUUGUUACCAUAGAAAUUACCGAUGCCUACCCGCGAGGCAUCCAAGUCUCAGAACUCUAACUCUAACUCAAGUAUGGGUUUGGUCAGGGCAAGUGAUUUCAACUUCCUAUCAGUGCUUGGCAAAGGGAGCUUCGGCAAGGUCAUGCUAGCGGAGAAGAAGGGCACCGACGAGCUCUACGCCAUCAAGAUUCUCAAGAAGGACGUGAUCAUCCAGGACGACGAUGUGGAGUGCACCAUGACGGAGAAGCGGGUCCUAGCCCUGCCCAGCAAGCCUGCCUUCCUGACGGCGCUCCACUCUUGCUUCCAGACGAUGGACAGACUCUUCUUCGUCAUGGAGUUCGUCAACGGUGGAGACCUCAUGUUCCAGAUCCAGAAGGUCGGCAAGUUCAAGGAGCCACAUGCUGUGUUCUAUGCAGCAGAGAUAGCAGUAGGCCUAUUCUACCUCCAUUUGCAGGGUGUGAUCUACCGAGAUCUCAAGCUAGAUAACGUGCUAGUAGACGCGGAGGGGCACAUCAAGAUCGCUGACUUUGGCAUGUGCAAGGAACACAUGAACGAGGGCGACACAACAAGGACGUUCUGCGGAACGCCAGACUACAUUGCACCCGAGAUUGUAGCAUACCAGCCCUAUGGUAAGGCUGUUGACUGGUGGGCCUUUGGAGUGUUACUCUAUGAAAUGUUAGCAGGACAGCCUCCAUUUGAUGGUGAAGAUGAAGAUGAGCUGUUCCAAUCCAUCAUGGAGCAUGUACCCUCGUACCCCAAAUCAAUGUCAAAGGAAUCGGUGUCUAUGUGCAAAGGGUUCUUGACCAAGCACCCUGGCAAGCGGUUAGGAUGCGGACCAACGGGUGAGCAGGACAUCAGAGAACAUCAGUUCUUCCGCCGUAUUGACUGGGAGAGGCUGGCCAACCGAGAAAUACAGCCUCCAUUCGUGCCGACGGUGAAAAACCCCAGAGCUGCCGAAAACUUUGACCCCUAUUUCACAAAAAUCCCGUGUGCGCUUACCCCGACCGACAAACUCAUAAUCAUGAAUAUUCAGGAAGAAUUCCAUGGUUUUACCUUCGUGAAUGAGCUCUUCGAUAGCUAUGUCCGUGGUGCGUCCAGCUAGUGCCAGUCUGUCUGUAGAACCCACCGCUGCUGCUCAGUCCUACAGCCGCCUGGCCUGUGUUUCUAGCAUACCCAAAUGUCGCCAGUCUGUUCAUGUGCUGUUCCUUUUUGUAUUUUUUACCUGAUGUGUACGUAGAAGGCAGUAGAAGUAGAAGUAGUAAAGAGUGCCUAAAUAUGGUGAAUUGGCAUUUCAUUUUGUUCUUCAAGUUCGUUACUGGCAUUUCAAUGAACUAUUGAUAUUAAAUGAUGUAUUUAUUUAUGUUGGUGUAAAUUCUUUCAGAAAACAUGUGGUACUAGAUUUGUUUCUGUUGGAAAGAGUAAUAAUUUUCAUGAGCAGCAUAUGAUUAAUGUUGAUGCCCACCUAUUGAGCUCUAUCUCUCUCUUUUUGUUAUGUUUUGUCUGAUUAUUUCUCACAACUCUCCAUAAUGCAUUUUACAUGUAGCAUUAUAGUCAAUUAUUCAUAUUUUGACAAUAGUGUCGUAGAGUUUCAGUGAGGUCAUUUCAGUUACUAGUGAGUUUCUAAAGAAAAAAACAAUCCACCCCUCCCCUACCUCCUUAAUCAAAUGAUGAAUAAUUAUAUGGACAUCUGUAAUAAAUACCUCAUUUGGUCAUCUCAGCAUUGCAUUAUGAGGACACUAGUUUCCAGAUGAUUAAAAUGAUUAAAAAUUAUCAGUUCCAGGUCAUUAACAUAUCAUGUGGUGCUAAUCAGUCUAUAUUUCAAAUUGUUGCAUUUUUUCAAAAAGUGCUUUGUACUGCUGAAUAAGUGGAUUUACCUUCAAAAUCUUAAUUUUCCCCGAUUGCUAUAUAUAUAUUGAUAGGAAAAGUAAAAGAUCAAGCCUGUUAGUUGAUAAAUAUAUUUUGGCUGUUUCGCUUAUCUUUCUGGAGAAAGAAAGAACAAAUUUAUGGUGACAACCUUAACCAAGUGCAAUGAGCUUGAAAUAUAUAUACCCCCACUUUAGUUCAGUGUAUCAUUAAUGAAAUAAAGUUCAUGAUUAUUUUUGGCUAUGGUCUGUAUUUCUUAAUGUACUGUAUCGAGCUGUGUUCGCACUGUAAAGUUAGAGUGCAUGUGGUCCGAAUUUGUGUUUACACCAAGAAAUGAAACAUAUAUAUAUAUAUAUUAUGUAGAUUUACUGAGGUGAAGUUUCCUCCAUGUUUCUGAUGUUCUAGGGAUGUUGGCUGUUUUUGUAUUUUUGAAUGCUGUGUAUAAAAGAAGCUUGUGCCAUCCCUUUGCUUUUGUAUUCCUACUCAAAUCAUGUCAAAUUAAUUGAUGUAGCUUUUACAUGAGGUUACUUUAAAUGAUGUUUUGAUAAUGUGUGUCCUAAACGAGUACUGUAUUUGCAAUGUAUUAAAAACCCUGCCGUGUGAAGGCUUCCUCUUGCUAAAUAUGUUAUUGUGCUUUAUUUCUGGUAGUAGUUUAUUAGUUGAAAUGUUACUGGGAUAUAAAACUGUUAAGUAAAAUACUCUUUAGUAUUCAGUUGACAGAGGCAUUAUUUCUUUUUCUUUUUGUCUUCUUUAUCCCCCUUUUUUUAAGAGUUUCUAAUUUGUGUAGUAAUGUAAUUGUAUAUGAGUUCAAUUACUAAACAUAUGUUAAUUUACCUAGCUGCAUUCCACUUAACUAACAACCAAAUAAAUGAAAUAUAUGUAUAUGUUUUGAUCACCAACCCACAUUCCAUCAGGAAAAUAUGCAUGUAUGGUAUAUAUUUUAGGUCUGAAAUAGCAUGUAUGGUACCAGGGAUAGGUCUUAAGUAGUGAAGUUUAACAACAUUUAUGGUAGGUCUAGAAUACACAGGUGUUCUAUCUAUUUGUCUCCUCUGAUAGAAUAUAUAAUAUGCUUUUGAUAAGUGCUGCUAUAGUUAUAGAGAUUAGUCAAUAAUAAUAUUAUAUUCCUCUAUCAAUGAGGUAUUUAUUCCAUUGUAAUUUGAAAUAAACCGAUUCGUGGCUUUAGGGGUCCUCCUAAAAAGUAAAUGUGAGAUAAUUUUAUAAUUUUUGGUCUUCAAUUUUGAGUUUGUUGCAUCUCAGAGUGGCAAUUUAAGUUUUGAUAAUCAUACAGGUUGUUGCCGGUGAUGAGAAAUUUGUUCCAAUUGUGUAAUAAUUAUAAGACUUUUAUGAUGUGUGUACAUAUAGAAUAUCGAGAAUUAUCAAUAUGAAUAGCGAAUCGACACAUUCAAAAGGACAUUGUCAGGGCCAUAAUAGUACUAUGCAUAUAUGUUCUUUUGAGUACUCUUAAUGUUGAUUUUAAAUGAUUUGCUUGGUAUAAAAUACUAAAAAAAGUACAUGUAUGAUUUAUUGUUAGUUGUGGAUGUGCUUUUUAUUAUGGCCUCUCUCUAUACAUUUCUUUUAGCCAUUAAGUUUUCAUGUUUGACUAUUCACCAUUUUAUACAACGUGUAAUACAAGAUGUAAUACAAAUUACAGGAUGUUUUCAUGAAACAGAUGUCAGGUUUUAUUUUUGGUUUCAUUUCAACUUCCUCAUUUCAACUUGCUCAUCAUACAGUCAUAUAUUUUGUAUCAAAUGUGAAUUUCAGUUAAAAUAUAUUCUUGUUUUGCCCCCCCCCCCAAUCCUCCAUUUUUCUUCACAUAUUUACCUCCCACUGUACAGGGGGGACCUCGAGACUUAUGCAAUUUCGAUAAGGAGUUUACGCGGGAACCGACGACCCUGACUCCGACCGACAAACUGUUCAUUAUGAACCUGGAUCAGACAGAGUUUGACGGUUUCUCCUAUACAAAUGAAGCAUAUGUUACUCAAUAAGGAUAGCCUUGCAUGGCCAAGAUCAAUUGUAUUUAAUAUGUACAUGUGUGUUUAAACUUGUAUGUAAUGAAAACCAGUUAGGUAAUGUGUCAUGCAUGUUUUGAGUAAAUUCUAGAUGUACUACCCCUUCCCUCUUUCCCCAGAGAUAGAUAUUCUUUCAUUUUCAUAGAUACAUAUAUAUAAAUAUAUAUUAGCACAUUCUUCAUGAUUUUAUUAUUUUAUAUGUUAUAUUGAAUUAGUUUUUAUUCUAUUAUGGAUCUCAAACAUUCCUGUUAUAACAUACAUGAAGCACAAGAAGAGAAACAGCUCGCCUGCAUGUGUUUUUUUAUGUAGAAUACAUUUUGUUUAUGAAAGAAAGAAAGAAAGAAAGACAAACAUGGCCAUAUGCUGAAACCAAUACCUGUGUUCUUGUUUAAAAAUUUUCUCUCAAGAUCUAUGAGCUUUCUGAUGCAACAAAAUACAGUUGAUUUGUGUUUAAGCAUUGCAAAAAAGACUAUAUAAUAUUUCUCUGAUCUCCCAGUUUUAAGUUUAUAUUUGAUAUGCUGAGUACACUGGUAAUUAAUAACAUUUCAAAUCAAAGGGAGCAAUUAUGUCUGUAAACUGACUUACAUCUCAGCUUGUAUCACUUUGAACUUUGUUGUUUUGCUUUUGCAUCAACUUUGGAGCCGGGAAGAUGAUCCUUCAUACAUUUAGUUUGAUUUGAAUAAAUCUUUAAAGGGGGUUACACUUUCCUGAGGAGUUGAAUUGUUAGUAUUCCGGCGACAAGAACAAUUUACAAAUUCAGCAAUUAUAAAUUUCAAGUUUAGAAUAUUGAUAUUAAUGGUCUAUAAUUCAUACCUGAAGUUAUGGAGGCUAUUGUGUCAUCUUAUUGUGUUGAAUGUCUAAUCCCCUCCCUAUGGGAACUAGAUGUCCCUGUAUUAAGCCUAUGGGGAUUAAAGAAUUCAGUAGUCUUUGGAUUAACACUGACAAAGAAAUUUAAAUGUUUUUUGUGAGCGAUAAGACAAAGAACAUAGACCUACACUGAUUUGCAAUCAGGAUUUCAAUCUCUCAGAAUUUUAGGAGAUUUUUUAUAUGAGCAUCCCCCUUUUUCCCCCUUAUUGCAUGCAAAUAAUCAACAUUUAAAACGAGUCUUUCCCUUUGAGAAUAGCUACAUUUUAAUGUCCAAGUAGCUGCAGAAUAUCAUCCACUACCUUGAGUUUAAUUAUUAUCAAAUUACACGACAGCUUGAUAUCAAAUCGUAUUUAAAAAAAAUUAUGUCUACACACACCUCCAGCACAGAAUUAUUAUUAUUAUUUUGAAAGCUUUCAUCAAUAUUUUCUCCCAAAUAUCAACCUUGCAAUAUAAUGUGUAGAAUUACUUGGAUUCCUGGAGUGUGACAGCUUUUUUCUGUAUAAAAUUAUGUUGGCUGCAUUUUUGAGUUAUACAAUCAUAUUAUAGUACUUUGAAUGUAUCAUCAAUGAAAUGAAUUGAGGGCUGUAAAUAAUUGAAUACUAUAUAGUCAAGAUAUAUAUUGAUCUUUAGAUCUAUUCCAAAUUUAUAUAUCUGAUGGCAGACAUUGUUAUUAUAUACUCUUAUAUGUCAUAGUGACUUAUUUCUUUCACUUUGUUUUCAAUAGAAAGAUGUAGAGUAGACCUUAGAUCUAUGAAUAGACCUUUUUACAAGAAAAAGGUAAAAAAUGUAUUUACAAAAAUAUGGGCGAGAGAAGAAUUGAGCAAUUUAUGAACUUGAUUGUAGUGACUAGAAUUAAUAGAAGGUUGAGAAAGUAACAUACUAAAGUAUAUAUGAUUUAUGUACUGCAUAUGAUAACUAUAGCACAUAUAUGAUAUAUUGCAUUAUGUUUUAGAGAUGAUUACCUUUGUAAUACAAUAUGUAAAUAGUAUAAUAAUCAUACUUUUUUUCUCUCUUUGUGUGUAUAAUGUAUUUUUCUGAUGCUUAUACUUUUCAUGCACAGAAAAUACAAGUUUUUCCAUAAUUAUGUCUUUUUGUGUUACGAUACUUUUUUUUUUUUUAGUUGGAAGUUUUGCUUUUCUAUUAAAGUAAAUGUUAAUAACGGUUUGGAAAUCAUUGAUUGAUCAGUUAUAUUUAUACAAGGGAACGGUACAAUUAUGGAAUAGCAAAAUGUUCAAUAGAGAGAUACACAGUAUGUAUGUUUAUGAUUAUCUCAUGUACUUUGUUGCAUAUAAUAUAGCAGAUAGUGAGUUAAGUUGUUAUGUCCAGUAAAAAGAAUAUACUGGACUAUCUUUUUAGACCAAACUUAUAUUCAUGGAGCUCUUCUCACUUCUAUUCUCUCUUUUCCUCCUCCCUUCUCUCUCUCUCUCUCUCUCUCUCUCUCUCUCUCUCUCUCAUUCUCAUUCUCUCUCUAUGUCAAUUAGUUUAAUUUUGCUCUUUUUAUUUCUGUUAAUUUAAUGGUUAAUUUUGUAUAUAUGGGACAAUUUAUUUACGGUACUCCUUUAUUAUACCUUAUAUAAUUCCUUUAUCAGAACUUAAAAGUGCUUGUGCAACAUUAUCUAACAAAUCAUGUGAAAGUGUAUUAUGUGAAUAUAUCUUUGUAAUUCAGACAGACUAUGGUUAUAUAAUUAUACAACUUUUAAGUACAUACAAUAUAUUAGUAUAGAACCUUGCUUAUCUCAAUAUGAGACAUGGUCGAGAAUUAUGAAGUUAGUGAAAUAACGUUUCAUUAACUUAGAGUUUUCUAUCUACUGUACCUUGAAGAAAAUAGUUUGUUGGGAAAAUAUCUUGUAUUUCAGCAUUUAAGAUUUAUCAAGUCAAGAUUAGAUGACUAAUAAGUGAGACCUCGUGAAGACAUUAUUGUCGAUGUCGGAGCAUGAAGAAACAUUUGUGCUCGGUGACCUUAUAUUUCAUUCUUUGAUGCAAUACUUUUGAUUAUGAAAAAUGAAACCAUUUUAUGUUUGUGUUUUCAUGAAUAUAUAUUUGCUUGUUGCCUCUAUGCCUCUGUUGAUUAAAGAAUGUAUCCAAGAAUUAGGAUAGAAAAUCCUGAAUCUAAACUACAUGUAUAAAUGUGCAACAGACAAAGCACGCUGGCUAAGAUGGGGUGCAAUGGGUCAUUUGUAAAGCUGACCUUGGAGGUUGGGUCGUGGGUUCCAAACCAAGUCAGUAAGCUAGUGAUCAUUGGUAGCCAUUAAUCCUCAUUACUAAGUCCCUCUUAGACAGAUGAGCCAUCCGUCACCCGAUUGCUCAUCUACAAGAAUACACGUGCUUUCUUAGCAGUCGGGUAAAACAUGUCAGCACCAUAUUGCAGUAUCCUUUGCAGGCUUGUAGGAACAUAUCUUUCUAUAUCUUCACAACCAGAACAGAGUCUCAUUUGAUAAAGACAUAUUUUUGUCUGUAGGAUUGUUGAAUUAAGGUUCUUUUAUCAUUGAUAAACAUGACAGAAGAUUGCCAGUUUGUUGUCUGUUGUGUAAUUAAUGUCAAAAAAAAUUAUCAUCAAGGAAUACCAGCUCAAUGUUUGAUAGGUAAGCAGAGUGAUGGCAGUUAGUACAUUCUUAGAAACCACCGGCUACUUCUUCUCCCAUCGGUGUUUAUUGUCUGUCACUUGAGAUUUUUGUCCUCAAGACAGAAAUAUUAACCCUCUAAAAAAAUACCAUGUUUAAAUGAAACUUUAGUGUUUUGCAAUUCAAUUUUAAAAUACUUGCAACAAAGUGGUGAGAAUUUAGUAGCAUAUGGAGGAAAGAUGUAUUGCAGAGAUGCGUGUUGAAUACAAAUUAAAAGAAGAAUGUGUACAAUUAUUUUUAAGUGUUCAAGCAUUUCUAAGGCAGCAAAAAAAUAUGAUUUUAUGCUUGUUCAAUGAGUUGAUGAAAACUUUGGAAACAAGUACAAUGGAACCUCAUUAUAACGGGGUACUUAGGAUUAUGGAAAUUACCUUGUGAUAACAGGAAUCUUGUUAUAUCAGGGUUGUAACAAAAAGAGUAUAAAGACCUGUGAUCAGCAAAAUCCAAGCUCUUCAUAAUGAGGUUCCACUGUACCUGUGGGUUCUUGGUAGAUGGGCUAGUAAGACCCUUUUUGUUCUGAACAUACACAUCUUAUGGCCUUAUGACUGCCCAAAAAUCAUGACUGAAAAUUAAUGGCAUUUUCAAAAGUACCGUGUAUAUAUAUAUGGCAGUGGCAUUCUGUCGAGACUUCUGAUCAUACUGAAAAUCAUGUGUGAAGAAUAAGUACAUGUAGAGUGAAGUUGUUUUGACAACAAGAAAGUUGAAUGCUUACAAACGGUAUAUGCACUUUUGUUUUCUAUGCUAUGUGUUAAAUAUUAUAGUGAAUACUUGGAUAUCUGAGGUCAAGAUAUUUCUAUUUCGAGUCUGAAGGAUGUAUUUCUCUGCUAUAGAUCAUGGCAAAGAUAAGGAUAUCUAAUUGAGUGCAUGUUCAUGCAUACCACAACAAAAUAAAUUGUGAACUAGCCAUUAUACAUGUUAUGGAGUUGGUUGUACUGAUCUCGAUAAAAUAUUAUACCUAUAUAAAAUGUGGAAUGAAAUAGUGACAAAAUAUUGUUUUUGCACUAAAAAUAAAUAUAUAUGAAAACAUGAGGCUUCUUGUAUGGUGGAGGAUAAAAAUCAAGAAAAAUUCUUCUGUAUGAAUGAAGAAAAAAAAAAGUAUCCUUAAUAAAAUCUUGGUGGCUGUUCUGGAAAAGAAAA